AAUUCCCCGUCUUUCGCGGUUCUGCCAUCUUGCUGACACCUCUCAUCAUCUACGAACGCCAUGUCGGAGACGCCCUUCAAGAUCGCCAUCUCCGACGAUCAGCUCGCGCUCCUCAAAACCAAGCUCGACCUCACCAUCUUCCCCGACGAACUCGAAGACUCCGGCCGUGACUAUGGUGUGCCUCUGGCCGACAUCAAGCGGCUUGUCGAGUAUUGGCGCACCGGCUUCGACUGGCGCAAGCAAGAAGCCGCACUUAACGCCGAGCUGCCCCAGUUCACGCGCAACAUCGAGGUCGAGGGGUUCGGCACGCUCGACAUCCACUACGUGCAUAAGAGGAGCGCGAAAGCGGGCGCGAUCCCGUUGUGCUUUGUGCAUGGGUGGCCUGGCAGCUUCCUUGAGGUGCGCAAGGUCGCGCCGCUGCUCACGGAGGGCGCGGAGGGGCAGCCGGCCUUCCACGUCGUCGCGCUGAGUCUGCCUGGAUUCGGCUUCUCGGAGCAGCCACACAAGAGAGGGUUCAGUACUCAGCAGUACACUGAGGUAGCGCAUAAGCUCAUGCUGGCGCUUGGGUACGACGAGUAUGCCGCGCAGGGAGGGGAUUGGGGUGCAAGGAUUUCCCACCAACUAUCGAAAACCUACAGCGGCAAGCACGUGAAGGCCUGGCACACCAACAUGCCUCACUACUUCAAAUCCGAUAUCCCGGCGCACAUCAAGCUCACGCCAGAAGAACAAGAGAUGCGCAGGCAGGACCAGCAGUUCCGCGCGAAAGAGGCCGGGUACUACGCGGUGCAGGGCACCAAACCGCAGACCCUCGGAUACGCCAUGACCGAUUCCCCUGCGGGACUUCUCGCAUGGAUCUACGAAAAGCUCGUCACCUGGACGGACAGCUAUCCUUGGACAGAUGAUGAAGUCCUUACCUGGAUCUCCAUCUACUGGUUCUCUCGCGCCGGGCCCACGUCCUCCUUCCGCAUCUACUACGAGAAUCUGCACGUCCCUGGCCCGCAAGACGAAGCGAGCUCCAUCCCACUGGGGUUCUCGUUCUUUCCGAAGGAGCUUAUUCCGACGCCGAAACCGUUGAGGGACCUCCUCGGCGACGUCGUCUUCGAGUCCGAGAUGCACGGCAGGGGCGGGCACUUCGCCGCGUACGAAGUGCCCGAGCUGCUCGUGAGAGACAUCCGCAAGAUGUUUGGAAAGCAUGGGCCCGCGUAUGGGGUGGUCCAAGGCAAGGAUGGGUCUUAGCUAAAUUCAGUACGUGCUAAUCUAAAGACGAUGAACAUUUGCGGAAUAACAUUCAUACGGAGAUUUAGAUCAAUGUGAGAUUUCCUGCGCCAAGACUGACUGAAGCGCCUUUCCCCCUCGUUCGCAAGCAGU